AUCAGAAGGAGGACUCGCACGAUACGGUCAAGAACGAGUUCCAAUGCCAUUGCAUAAUGGAAUACGAGAUUCGAUUGGUAAUGUCGUUCGAUUAUUAGACCGCUUUAUUGACGUAAUGAAUUUUUAAUGUCUAUUAUUCCAUCUGCAGCAUAGUUCACUUUCGUAUUUUAGUUUCAACCGAUAUCAUGGUCGAAGGUUAUCGAGAGGUUAGCUCAUUUAUAUUGAAUGAGUCUCGUUCGUUCGCCGUUAAUCCUUCGUUCAUAAUUACUUGGAUAAGGGAAUUUCGAAAUAAAUCUAACGAUAAUUAUUAGAAUGAUUGUAAAAAUGUCGUCUAUUUGUUUUUCUGUGGUCUUUUUGACGUUAAGAGUCGGCGUUAACAGCUGAAGCGUCACCGAUAACUAAGGAUCAGUUAUAACGGGCAUAGUAAUUUCAUAGCCAUGAAUAUCGAUGUCUCCAUUCAUGAAUCCAGAAGGUAUUUAGAUCAGGAUGCUUUUUUGCAUGAAACUUGUCAGUUCCCAUAGUUGUUAUCUUAAACCUUCGUAGGAUGUUAUAAGUAAAAUGAUAAUAUAGAAAGAUGCCGUACGAUGACAAAAUUAUCUUGAUGAGUGCAAAAUAUUUAAUUUUUGUGCAAAAAUUUAUUAGCCAGUCUAUCGAGUAUUUUAUUCAAUUUUUAUGAAUACAGUGUCAUUUUAUAAUGCUGUCUACUUUUUUAUUCCAUAGAAAAUCGUUACGUAACAGAAAUUGAUACUCUGUUAUCGUAAUCUAUUUUUGAACUUACAUACUAACGUUUAAUAAAUUAAUCUAAAUUUAAUCUUUGCAAAGAAAUGGUGUCAUGGCCUAAAAGGGAUAUGUAUGUAUUAUGAAAUUUUAGAACAGGUCUUCUCUCGAGAGAUCGGAUGAAUUUUUUCUUCGCGGAAAAGUGGUAUAGCUUCAAGCCGUUUCGAAUUAAACGUAGCCCACUUUUGCAGCUUGUUAGAGAAGUAUGCUCUAGAUAUCUAGAUGUCAAAUGUACCGUGCGCUGUCCAUUCAGAACCGGCUUUAAAGGACUUUAGUUGGAAAAGAAUUCGAAACGGUGGCGCUUGACCUGAUUAUCGUGUCUUUUGGAUUCCGGUUACGAUAUAGAUCGUUCUAUGCUUCGACUGCAUUGAUAAUUAUCGAAUGUAUUUAACUUAUUUCUUGUUUUCUCUUUCGCAAUGGUUAAAUAAUUCGUUGAGUUUGUGCGUGAUUUACGAAGAGUGAAUGCAUGGCUGGAAUCGGGAGAAUUGACAUCAAUGACGUUUAAUUGAAGAACAUUUGAACAAAUAAAAACGCUUGAUAAAUAAUUCUAUAUCAAGAUAAAUCAAUGUCCCGGGUGGACGGAAAGGACGAUGACAGAAUGCCGUGUCUGGGGGACAGUUCUGUUUCUUAUCAAUAUUUCAAGUUUAAUGGUAGAUACGAGCGCAUUUGGGGGACGCACUUUGACGAACGAUGAGAAAGGAAGAUCCUUCGAGACGGAGGAUUCUGUAUACUCUUGGACAGGACCGAACGCCCUGGCGAGAUCCGCUUUGGUGGAACGUCAGGAGAGAUUACAGUACAAUUGCGAGGAGAUCUUCGAAGUCAGAGACUCUCUGAAUGAGGAUCUGAAUCCAGAAUCCUUUAGGAAUAUUCUCGUCGACGAACAACACGAACUUUUAUAUUGUUACGUUCCCAAGGUUGCGUGCACGAACUGGAAACGAGUUCUGAUGGUGGCCACGGGGAAAUGGCCAGGUAAUGAUCCUAUGGAAAUACCUGCUGAUCAGGCGCAUUCUCCAGGUACCUUUCAAAGGCUCACCAACUAUACCUUGUCCGAAAUAGAACGAAUGUUGGCGACUUACGACAAGCUGAUCGUCGUCAGGCAUCCUUUGGAAAGGUUACUGUCCGCCUAUAGAAACAAGCUGGAGGCGAAACACGAGAAGAGUUCGAGAUACUUCCAAACUCGUUUUGGGAAGAAGAUUAUCAGGAGAUACAGACAAAACGCCACUGUAGAAUCGCUGAGAAAUGGUGAUGACGUGACAUUUAGAGAGUUUGUACAGUUCGUCACAGAUGAUUCGUCGAAUGAGACACGAAACGAGCACUGGAAGCCAAUUUACGAGCUCUGUCAUCCAUGCCUGGUUAAUUAUAAUCUCGUCAGCAAGUACGAGAGCUUAGUUGAAGAUGCCACAGAAGUUUUGGAACGGAUGGGAGUCGAGUCAGUCAAUUUCCCAACGAAACCAGUGAACAGUGAACCAACCGCGAAGAAACUAGAAAAGUAUUAUUCUACGUUGACGUACAAGCAACUUCGAAAGUUGGCAGAUUUGUACAAAUUAGACCUAAGGCUGUUCGAUUAUUCAUUGGAGGACGUGCUGGGAUUCUCGUUGGCAUGACUGAAUUUUCAUCGAGGAUUUUUGUGAAUAAUACGCUUCAAAUUAUGAAUAGAGAUGCGCUAACGGUUAAAUAGUUUGGUAUUUGUUCGUUUCCAUAUGUUCUGUUCUCAAUAUAUGCAAGCAUAACCAGUUCGCGUACGAUCAUUUGUACGGGUCUUUCCAUCGUAUUUAUGCUCGUAGUUAUUAAUUAAUCAAUUGAAUCACAGAGAACAAUGUUGAAGCAGCAUCGAACCGGUCGUUUCACAAAUCUUUAAGGUAGCCGCUAGUCGAGCAGAAAGAUCUUUUUCCUCCUUUGUCGUUGUUCUUAUUUUUAAAACGCGCGGAAGCUCCCGUGCCAAGAAUUUAAGGAUAUAAAAACCGGUUGAUAGAUUGUUUGUGCCAAUGAAACAACUGUUGAUAAUUACUUUCGAGAAUGAUCUUCUUCGUGUCUAUAGGUAUUAAAUAUACGGAUGUUAUUGAUGCAAAUGUCGCCUUACCUAUGUAGACACUUAACAGAAGAUCUUGUGGAUUGUGCCUUAAGCAAACCUGUAACAGAAUUCCCGCCAUAUUUGUGUACCUACGUAUGUUAGUAAUAAGGAUACAAAAAUUGUACGACACACAUUCCUAUAAUUAAUCAAUUGUAUAGCGUAUACUAUAAGUUACCACCCAAGCCUUUCUUUUUACCGAUACACUACUGUAAUUCCAUCGCGAGUGAAAUAAAGAAAUAUUUUAUAAAA